GGGACGUGUUUUAUGUGACAAUAUGGUUAUUGUAAAAUAAGAUAAGGUGUGUGAUAAUUUUAAACUGCCGACAACUUUGGCGACCCCUUUUUAUAAUUUGUUAUCUUUCAUGUCAAUGUUACUGUUAUAUUGAAAUGACUGAGAAAUGAAAAAAUAAGUCAAAAUCAACGUUUUAUAAGUGAUUCCUCAACUGUAUAUCCAUAUAAGAUGUACCGACCGAUAUAUUAUCGCCCAACAAACUGCACACUGUUGGCCAAAACCAAAACUUGCUUCGCCAUAUGACUGUGUAAAAUCAAUUCUCAUGGCAAACCUUGGUACCAAAUUUUCCUUAUUCGCACCUCAACUUAAGAUGAUAUAUGAAUAUUUGGAAUCUAAUAUUUUAUUCCUUUACUAUGGGUCUUUGAUUUUGUAUAUGUCGGUGUCGUAUUUGAGGUGAGGCAUCUGUUUAUAUGCUAUGUUUUGUAAAGGGUGUUGACUCAGCCCUCAGUUAUUCCGCAUGCUGCUGCACAUAACGGGGGUCCGUACGGUUUACCCGACUUAUUCGGUAACUAAACUUUCAUAAAUCAGUUUUCAAAGUCAACGUAGCCAUUCUCAAAACUAUUUUUUAAGCGGGAAUUAGGUUCACGCCAAGUGCAACUCAUCAAUUUUUUAACGAUUUUCAAAAUGACAUGUACUAACGCUAAAUAAUCUUUCGCCAUUUUCUUUUUGUGUUAGAACUUAACGCAAAUUUAACUCCACUCCAACAACAUCAGCGUGAAAAUCGGACUUCAAUUUUUCAUCGAAUAAAAAUUCAAAGAAAAGUUGCAUAUACAACGAACGGACUACCACAGUCAUUUGGGAUUUAUCAGGAAUUACUUUCACCAUCCGUUUUCGUCCAUCCUCUCAUGUAGCGGAUCAUUAGUAUUCAUGUGGACCAUCACGGGAGAAAGUAUCUCUUAAUUUCAUAAGACCUUUUUCUCUCGUUGUCCGGAAACGCUCAUUCACAUGCAACCACGUUUGUUCGUUUUACUGUAGUCGUAUUCAACCGACGAACUGCAUUAGCAACUGUGUCAUGAAUCUAUUGCCGUUGCUGCCAUGGAAAGAAAGAAAGAAGCCGAUUUAUGUCGCAUCGAUUGGUGCGACAGACCAAUCGUCAGAGUACUUGGUACAGUUAUGACGAGAGACGACACGUUGGGCGGGUGGGUUCCAUAUUUGAAUGGUGGUCAGAGUAAAGUAGGAAUUCAUGAAAGUGUAGACGGAAGAAGAUAUCGAAUCUAUGGAUGGAGGGUCAACGAUAAGAAGGUGACAUUGGAUUGUUUCAUUCAACGUCAUAUGGUGUUCCACGAAACAAUCGGAACUUUUCAUCAUUGGAAGAUUGGUGACAGUAAAAUGGGGUUGACCUUUUAUACUCCUGCGGAAGCAAGGUCAUUCAAUAGGGGAGUUCGAGUUGCACUAGAAAAGUUGGCAAGAGUAGCUGAAUACACAAACAGCAGUGCCAGUAGUACAUGCAGUCGACUGUCUGAUGAUCAUCAGUCGUCUUGCACUUCAUCUGCUUCAUCCACUGGAUCGUCAUCACCGUGUGAAAAAUCAAAUUGUACAAGAACUUCUCGGACAUCUUGUGAAAGUAAAAAGAAGUUGUCCACAUCAUCUAAUUCUUCAUCCUCAUCGAGACACGGAAAUCGUAAGCAUUCUCCGAGUGUAAAACAAGGGAGAUCACGCCGUGCCACUCAUAAUUCAACAUCAUCAAAUACCUCCACACAGAAUCGUGCCAUCCAUACCCACCAUAUACCGUCAGUACCAGCCGUAGCUGCAACUCCAGCGUUGUCUUUAUUGUCAUUUUGUGACACCCCGUCUCCAGUUGAUCUAGGACAGCCGCAUUUCAGAUAUCCACUUCCUCAACAGCAGCCAUACAAACCGAACCUGACAUUUUUAAACAGGAUUAUUGCGAAGGAUAGCUCGCAUUUUGAGCUUUCUGCUCUCUCUCAUUCAUCACCUCAAACACCAUCGAAUACAAUGUGCAAGGAACCUGAAGUGCCAACUAUGCCGCCAAAAUUGGUACAUCGGUUUGGAAAUGAAGAAUGUGAUCCUGUUGAUGACCAAAGUAAGAAUAACGAGAAGGCGAUCUCAUCAAUACAUUCUCCUCCAAGUCUGAACAAUCAACCUCACCAGCAUGAGUCUUCUCGUUCACGAAACAGACGAGUGCCUUCAAAUGAAGGCCGCCAAAGGGCACACCAUUAUGGCAGACCCCGGCACACAAAAACGCCUUAUCUGGACAAUGCCAAUCGCUUGCGGGACUUGAAACCAACAGAGCCUAAUUCCUAUGUGCUUUUUUCUUCUUCUAAACCUGCCACUUCCCACAGUUCACAGCAUAUUACAGGUAGAAGUCUCACCACAAUCGGUGCAUCUUUGCCUGGUAUACGUCCAGAGUACAAGGCUUUGGGACAAAUGACUUUAGUUGAUGGUUUUCAGUAUCACCCAAUUCUUUCACCGGCAACUACCAGUCCACAAUUUCAGCAUCCGCAAACAGGUGCACUUUCUAUUAUGGCAUCUACAAUGGAUGAGGCGCCAUUUUAUAAUCGUACUGAUAUGUAUUUCACCUCGAACAUUGACAGCAUAAAAGACGAUGCCAUUAUUUAUGAGCCAGGCAGUAGUCUGAUUUCCAGCCCAAAUAAGUCUAAAAUUAAAGACUGUUAUUAUGAUGAAAGCAUGAGUGAUUUUCAACCACACUCUAGCUGUUCUCUGUGCUGUUGUCCUGGUAUAAAAUUGAGACCAAGGCGACGUAGUAGUUCCAGUCAUAAUCGUAUUAAUGAAGACUUGGCAGAAAGAUCGAGAUGUACGCGCUGUCGAGAAAUGUUUAAUCAUGAAAGCAACAAACCUGGAUCGUGCAAGUACGCACCAGAUAAAUGCCUCGAAAACAUUAAUAAAGUCACUUGUAUGUGCUGUGUGAGCUCUUUAUUCUAUCACUGUUGCCGUGAUGAUGAAGGCGAUUAUGACGAACAGCCAUGCACAUGCACUAGCAGAGAACGAGGUAGAUCAAAAACUCUGCGACGUUGGUCAGCGCUCGCUGCUUUAAGUGUUAUUUUUCCAUGUCUGUGCCUUUAUCCACCAUUGCGAGCAUGUCAUAGUUGCGGCGUUGCUUUUCAUUGUUGUGGCGGCAAACAUCAAGCAUCCUAUUCAAGCACAAAAAGCACUGAUAAACAGCCUAAACGAUGACCGGUCUCUAUAUCACCAUAUACAUUGUCCUGCUCGAUGGACCUGGUUGCAUGCAAUGCACAACUAAAGCAACCAAACUCAGGGAUGCUUAUUAGUUAGAAUGCUCACUUUUUUCAAAUUGCAUAAUUUUUAAUGGCAUGUAUGGUAGAAACAAUUUUUUGCGAUCUUUGAUUAUGUAUUGAGAAAUUGUUGGCACAUAAAUCAUGAAAACUUUCAUUAACAUUUAUACUGUCGAUUUUCAAUGGGUUUGCUUCGAGCAAAAUUUAAUAAUUCAUGUCACCUUGAAAGGAAAACCUUACAUCAAUGGAUAUGUGAAAGUUAAUCUUUUAUGUCACCUUUAUGUAAAACUUCAAAAAGCAAAUACUAAACGAUUAUUGUUAUAUUGAAGCAUACAUCAUAAUAAUUAGUGAGUUAACAAAUGUAUUGUAAUCAUCAUUUUUAUGAAGUACUCAAAAUUUGAUUGUUUUUCAAAUACAGAGAAGAGUGCUAUAAUAUCUGUCAAAGUUAUUUAUGAAAAGGUGUGAUUAGCACUAUUAUCAUACUUUGUCUGAAAUUCUUUAAUGUAUGGUUAUAAAUAUAUUGUGCUACCAAAUAUAAUUUAAAAUAAUACAUAAUACAAAUUUUAUUUUCUCAAAUUAUUGUGGUUCUUGGUUUUUAUUUUUUUCCUACCUAGUUUGAUAAAUACAUCAUAAACCAAUUAUUUAUUUCUGAUUUGAUGAAGCUUAUUUCGUCAGCCCUAUCGUAUGCUCACAACUUUCCAGCAGAGUAAUAGCCACUGUCAUUGUGCCCACAUGAGAUAUUGUACUUUUCGAAAAGCUGCUGCCAGUUUUCAGUAAAACAUUACUUAUUUUGUAGCACUUUUUGUGCAACGUUCUCAUUAGAAUUGCUAAUUUAGUUUAAUUAGAAAGUGGCAUAGUAAAUCUUCAAAUACAAAGCAGGGAAUUAUUGUGCCAUAGGAUAGAAAAUAAAAUUGAUAGGCAAUAAUAGAAAAUGCGAAGGAAUCAACGCCACUGAAUUUUUGUGUGAUCAAUCUUUUGUUGUGAUUGAUAUAUCAAAUAUAGGAAGCUACACUCGUACAGGAACUUUUUUAUUUUUUCAUCACAAUCUUGCUGAGUUCUGGUCUAGAUGUUGAUUUUACUUCAAACUUUCAGUAAUUUUUCUUUUUAUUGGUACACCGCAACAAAUAUAAUAAAGUGGUACUCGUUGUGAUGUCAAAAGUUAUAUCUCAAAAGCAUUUACCAUUUAGCUGUAUGGUACAAAUAUAGCCUUGUCCAUUCUCUUAUAAUAAAGAAAAGGUGUUUUACAUUGUUGCUUUCAUGUGAUAAGUUUCAAUUUUUACUUUUUUUUUUUUAUAUAUAUAUCGCAGCACUAGAAAUGUUUUCAUUUUGUAACUACAUAAGGAAAGGCUGCUCAUUGCGUGAUCAUCACUAUGUUAUGUUGAUUUUGUUUUAUCAAGGAUUUUACCUUUUUUCACUGGCUCACACAUGUUCAAUUUUUCUGAUGCUGAUGCCUAUCAGCGCGUGGUUAAUUACUGUUAAAACUGAAAUAAUAUGAUCCCUUUAACUUCUUUGUGGAAAGUAAUCAAGUCCCUAUUUAUAGCUAAAACCCAACGGCAUUUUCCACCUAAGUUUUUCAACGUCUAAACGUUUUACUGUUUUUAUUUUCAUUUUUUUUACCUUUUUCGCACCAGACUUAUGGAUAUGUUUUAUUUCAUGAAAGUAAACAAAAGUGACCAUCGGAUUA